AUGGCCCGCACCAAGCAAACCGCCCGCAAGUCCACCGGUGGCAAGGCCCCGCGUAAGCAGCUUGCCACCAAGGCCGCCCGCAAGACCGCCCAGACCGCUACCACUGGUGGUGUGAAGAAGCCCCAUCGCUUCCGCCCCGGUACCGUCGCCCUGCGCGAGAUUCGUCGCUACCAGAAGUCGACCGAGCUGCUCAUCCGCAAGCUCCCCUUCCAGCGUCUCGUUCGCGAGAUUGCCCAGGACUUCAAGACGGAUCUCCGCUUCCAGUCCUCGGCUGUGAUGGCCCUCCAGGAGGCCGCCGAGGCUUACCUCGUCUCCCUCUUCGAGGACACUAACCUCGCGGCCAUCCACGCCAAGCGUGUCACCAUCCAGCCCAAGGACCUCGCCCUUGCCCGCCGCCUCCGUGGCGAGCGCACGUAA